UCACAGUCAUUAAUCUCAUCUAUCACCGCUCAGAUGUUUGAAUCAAAAAUUUACAUUCACAAGAAAAAGAGGCCAUGCACAUUUUAUCUCAAGCAACUGCCAGUUAGAUGCUGCUAUGUGAGCGCACCGUGCCAUCCUCCCUAACCUAUCAGUGUGGGAAGUAAGCGUGCCACCUAUGAAGUCAGCAGUCCCCAACCCCCACCCUGAACACAUGUUCAACAUCCUCUGGGCACAGGCAGAGCAGAGCACCGAGACACAGCUGAGAAUUAGAGAGAGAGAGAGAGCACUGAAGUGGAAAUAUGGGUGAGCGUCAGAGAAAGACAGAAAUAGAGCGAUAGAGCGGUGAAUUAGGCAGGCAGAGAGAGGAGGAGGAGAAAUAGAGACACUGUCUUUCACUGAGGCUGUGAUGCUUCGCGCAGACGAGGUUAUAUUCUCGUAGCGGAGAGAGCUCUCGUCGUAUGUGGAUGCGAGAACCUCAUGGAUUUGCUCCCAUCUGAGCUGCAGACAGAGGAUGCGACUGUGGCUGGAUGCUAGGAUCCAUGUGGGCCUGUGACGUCUGCAAUCCCCUCCGUGGUUAUAUUCUUCCCCAUAAGGAUGGCUCCAGCAGCGCUGACCCAGAUUGUGGAGUCGUGGCUCUUCGCUGUGGACUGCUCCUCGGUUGGUCUGUGAAUGUGAUGUGGACGAGACAUGUUCUACACCUCAGCAGAGACCGCUCAGCCCGCUGCCUCUGCUGACAUCUGUCUCCUUGGAUACACACAGCAACUGGCAGGCUACGCCACAGAGACUGAUCCAUAAUAAUAAUCCCCAGCUGGAGAACAAACAACAUCUGGGCGCGGAGAGAAGGGAGAGGGUGAAGUCUCAGCAGGGUGGGCGGCAGAUGGUGACACUGCAGCAGCACUUCUCCAGCAUGGAGGAGACGGUGCGAACACUACUACAAAACCAGGACUCACUGGAGGGCCCCAAAGUGGACCCACUGGACCUUAUGAAAGCAUAUAAGGACAAACUCCUAGAGGAAAUGUGGAAGCAGCAGGACAGUCUAGAGGGUCCUACAGCCACAGCAGCAGAAAUGCCUACCUCGCCGGAGGCCGGUGCUGGAUCUGAGGAAAAUUCAAAGGACAGCAAUCCCCUGCUAGAGCGACUCAGAGCCCUGGAGGCGGAGAAUUCUGCUCUGUCGAUGGAAAACGACAAUCAGAGGAAGCAGUAUGAACGCUGUCUGGAUGAGGUGGCUAACCAGGUGGUCCAGGCCCUCCUCACACAGAAGGACUUGAAAGAGGAAUGUGUGAAGCUGCGGACCCGUGUGUUUGACUUGGAGCAGCAAAACCGCAUACUGAGUGUACUGUUUCAACAACGUGUCAAAAUGUCCACGAUUCCUGUCUCCCAGGAGGUCCAAAGAAAUGGAAAAGCAGGUAUUCCAGCAGGAAGAUGGCCUAGCUUGCUGAGCCUAACAUGCCCACGCAGUAGCGGUAGCAGUGGCAGUGAACUGUCACUAUCCAGUGCUUGUAGUGAGUACUCCAGUGGCUCCCAUACUUGGGCAGAAGGACGUGGCUUCUCCAAGCAGUGUGCCACAAGCCGGGACAAAAGAAUGAGUACAGGUUCAGUAUCCAGCAAUCAUUCAGCACCCAUCGAGCAGACAGACCUGGGAUGGAAGGAAGGCCACAUUCUGAAAGGCCUGAAGUGUCUCCAAAUGUGCAGCUCCAAAGAGGCGUCCUCACAUGCAUCUGUACCACACUGCAAAGACUGUAUGACCUCAAAUGAGGGCAUAUAUUCAUUUGGUGUAAAAUGUGGCCUACAAGGGGCUAAAGCCAAACAAGUACCUCCCACAAGUAAACCUUUCAAGGCUGAAGAACGGAUUGCUGCCCUAGACUCUGAUGAUGCAGAUGACAAUUCGCCAAAAUUACAAAGUAGGGAAUCUAGUGACCACCCCACAAAGGAGCUUCUGUGCUUGGAGAAACUGGAUGUCACUAGGGAUGAUGAUGGCAAUUUUAUCGAAAAUCCAGUAAAACAUGCAGGCAAUUCUGGUCUUUUCCCCUCACCUGUGACAGACAACUUUUUAUUUUUGGAAGGCCCCACAGUAAAACCUGGUGUAAGCCCAACAGACAGCCUUACGCAUCGAGAGGAAAAGAACAAAGACUCACAAGAAAAACACAAAGCAUCAGACAUGAAGUUCAGUGACAGAAACAAUAACCAAGAAAGGUCUACUGACCGUAAAUCCAGGCUUGAUUAUGUCAAAAGACAACAGGGCAGACUCACAGUCAAGCAAAUGGAAGCAGGAACAAGUGAUGUGAGCUUGUCUAUUCCACAUACUGCAACAAGAGCUCUUAGCUGUGUGAAUGAAGCCAGACAGCGCAGCUCCUCAGUGGAGGUUCCUCAUUGCAGAGACCAGGCCAGUCAAGCUGGCAGUGAAAACCAAAACUGUACCAUCUCAGAAUCUCCACAGAGGAAACCAAAACCUCAGCCAUGUGACUCAGCAAGGAAGGCUUUUAUUUUGCGGAGCAAGAGUGCUGAUGGAGGACCAGAGCAAGCUAAACAUACACACUCUCCUCUCCACCAAAAGCUCAUUAAGAGUCACAGGUCCAAAGGACAGUCAAACCCUACUGGGCACAGUGUUCCUGGCAAAAGGACAAAUCUCAGUAAAACAAGCAAAGGAGCAUUAUCUAACAUUGAGAAAGAUGGGGAUGUUGCAAUAUCAGCAAGUUCCAAGUCUCUUGAAAGUGUGCAACAGUGCUCUCCCCUUGCUUCCCCGGUGAAAUAUUCAAAGUCAUUUAAGCCUCCAGGGGUCAAUGAAUGCUCCAAGAGCCCAACAAAAUCAUCUUUGCAAAUCACAAGACCUCAAUCAAGCAGCGACUCUGUGGAAGAGAGCAUAUAUGACAACUUGCCUUGCUCUCCACGAAAACAACGGCGCCAAGACCAGCACUGUGAUGUUUCCCAUUCAGAACUUAGGCCCCCCCCACCCCCAGCACCCCCAGGUCGAACUACUUCUCUCCUUGUAAGACCCAGUAGUGACUCUUUAUCUGAAGGUCAUAAAUCUGUAGGUCAGGCUCAAAGUUCUGCUACUGGGAAGACAACAUCAAGCACCACCAAGCCACAAACACAUCAGCUUUCUUCUUCUUUACAGUCCCAACAAUACAGUACAACUAAAGAUAAUCAGCAUGUAGCCCCACAAAUGGGUGCUGAGGGUAAGCCAAUGAAAGAUGUCCCUGCUAAGGUCUAUCAUACCCACUCAUCCAAGAUAACACCUGUCCCAGUUCAAGAAUCUCAAGCUUCAGAGUCAAGCCAUGUAUCUAUGAACAGAACUGCCAUAUGCCAUGAUGAAAAUGGUGCUCCCUCUAUUCUGCCAAGCCAGAGCAUCUUACAAAGAUCCCAGCAGAGCGUUAGUGAGCCAAAACUUUCAGAAGUCUUGCCUCAGGCAUAUUCUAAUGUUUACUACCAUGGGAUUUCCAAUAAUUCUCAGAGUUCCACUUCAAGAGCUGUAAAAAUGGCUCUUCCUGUAAAUGCUAAAUCUAAUGAGGCAAUCACUGGACAGGUACCUGAAACCAGUACCUUCCUCAUUUUUGGAAGACAGAACAAAGAUGAUACAAACUCUACCACAAAAAGUGUCCAGACAUUUCAGACGUUUACGUGCGAUCCCCAGGUGACACAUGAAUACGGGGCUCAUGACAAAGCACGAAGAAAGAUAGAGACACGCUGUAACUCACUGGAUUCUGAGCCCUCCAUUCAUCCUGCUGGAUCAGACAGCGGUGUGAUGCUAGAUUGGGGAUUUGAUGAGGAAGGUUGGCUCUUUAAAAGGUCUGUGUCAGUGUCAACCAGACCUCUGCUCAAACCAGUAAUGGGCAUGAAUGGGGCCAAGGCUCGUAGCCAGAGUUUUGGUGCACGCUACAUGGACAGACCAAGCUUCAACAGAUCUGGAAAAGUGCGUACUCAGAUCAAAACACACUCAGGGAGCUCCUUGAACUCUCUUGGUGAUGUCCUUCCAGGAAGUAUGAGUUGCUCCAGCAGCUACCAUUGUCCAAUGAAUCGAUCCCUUUUGAACAACUUCUUGAUUGAGGAGGGCCUGACAGUUCCCUCACAUUUGGGGUCCUCCAGUGAAAGACUUCAAAGUCUUAAACUCCAGCGGGAGCAGGCUAGGCGCCUUCAGAUUGAGCAACAGUUUUCAAGCGCCUUUGGUGAGCCAGUGUCUGAAGAACCAGAGAGACAAAGUGCUAUAACCACAAUCGAAGAGAAGGUGAUGCUUGGCAUAGAGGAAAACUUACACAAGUCUCAAGAACAGGAGAGAAGCAAUGAAGUAAAGCAAAAAUCUGGCUCAACCCUGGCAAACUGGUUCGGUUUUCGUAAGAGUAAGCUUCCUGCUCCAAGUGGCAAAAAGACUGAUCCACCAAAAGUAAAAGAAGACAAGAGGGAGCAAAAGAUUACAUCGCUACUGGGAGGAAAACAGACAAAGUCUGACAAAAAGAAAGACAGGAGAAAAAGUGAUGGGAAAGACUGCUCUGUAGGGAGAAGGGAGUCUCAUGAUGCAGUGCGGGCGUGCAUAUCAAUGCCCUGCCCAGGAAUGUCCCUGAAUGAGAUACAAGGACAUACUGACAUCACUGGGGACCCAAAGAUGCAGAUGAUGAACCGGAGAGCUGACGGUGAAAAUGGAUCUACUGUGAAGAGCCCCAACCAGGAUGCUGUAAUAGGCUCCGGCUGCAAGAUGCGAACGUUGGACAGUGGAAUCGGGACCAUCCCACCUCCUGAGUCCUGUUCCUUCUUCUCCUCCAUCCUGCACCUCCUCCCCAAAUCCUCAUCAACCCCAGAACAGUCCCUCAAUCCUCCCAGUGUCCCCAGUUCCUCCAGCGAGGACGUGUCUCCUUCCCCAUUACCCCGGUGGCGAAUACCCUCCGGCUUUAAGGACAGCAGCCAUGCAGGGGUGCCAAGCUCCCUGUCCGACUCCUCCAUGACCCAUAUCCAGUCAGUGCCUUUCCCUACUGUGGCCUUCCUCCAGCCCAUUCAACCCCAGUCUGAACCCAUUGUGACCUCUGCCAAUGUGCGUGAUACCCAGAGCAGACUCCCCAGACCACCACAAGGUGGAAUGGAACCAAAGAAGUUAACCUAUAUCAAAUCGAAAACAAGAGCCACCCCGAGCCAACAGAAAGAGCAGACGAGGCUUCAGCUUGCCAACUAGUUUCUGAACCUGAAUGAGUCAACCUGAAGCGAGGAAUCAGUUGGAUUUAUCUCUCUAACUCACAUGGAGGAUCCCAAAUCCCACAGUUUGGACACUGUGUCUGUGUAAGAGGAUGAAACACUCAGAACUGCACAACAAGCAAGCUUGGCAUUGUGGGCUUCCACCUGUGCUCGGUGUGGUGUUGAGAUACUCAGUAGCCUUUCAGGUGUUGUGAUGAACCCUCUGGCAGCCAUUUCGGAGGUUUACAGCUCAUUGGCAUCGGCUGUGAAUAACUGAUUCAGUUUGUAAAUGUACAACCCUGCAGCAUCACUAGAGUUACACAGACAUGUAAUCAUCAACAUCUUAUAAACACAUCUAAGGCAUUGACAUUAGACAUUAACUCGCUAAGCUAACUGACCUCAAGCUACAAUAAAGCAGCAGCCCAAAAUAUCCCAAGUAAAACAUACAUCUUUGUUACACAAGUCCAUGCUGACUUGAAGCACAGGACACAAACCCUGGUCUCUGGUGAUAAACCUGUGUUUUGUAAUCCUAACCACACAACACUACAACUUUCUGCUGUGGUACAACAACAUGAUGUUUCUUCCAGUAAAAUGUUACCAGUGAAUGUAAUCAGAGACAUAUUAACUCACACAUAUCAUCUGCACCUGAAAAUACCUUCUGUACAGCACUUACUACUGAUUGCCAUUCAUGAGCUCUAUACCUGACUGAGUAAUGUGACUCCAGAAAAGUGUGCACUAACUUGUUGGAAACUUUUUUUUUAUUGUCACAGUGUGGUUGGUCAUUACAGGAAACUUUUCUCAUAACAACAUAACACUUUGUUGAAGUUAGUAUGAAUUCCACAAUUGGAAUCCAAAAAAAAAUCUUGUUACUACAAAAGAGUUUUAAACUGCAGCCUAAUAUAACCCAUCACAACAUCACAACAUCCUUCAUGAUCCAUGUUGUGGUUUUAGAAGCUGUGUCUAUCUUGUUAUCAUAAGCCUUAAAAUGUAAUCAGUCUUAGUCUUUAUCAGAUGCACUUGUGAGUUAAUUCUUCCACCAUGCUGCAGAAAUGGACGAACAGAGAUACUUAAAAAAAACUUAAUUGAAAGUUCAUUGAAACUUUGCUCUGAGGAAGCAGUGUAGGUAGAAUUGUCAGUACUAGACACACUACAACAAACUCUUUCAUACAUAUCUGUUUUUUAAAUCUAGGGGUUAAAGAUUUGUUGAGUUUGGCCAUUAGGGUUCAGUAAAAUUACAAAAUACAAUGGCAAAAACUUACCCAACAUACUAUAGCUUUAUAAAAAGCUUAUAUAUUAUCAAACAAUUACCUACUUUCAUAUCUAGCCGAUACAGAGCAUCAUUAGCAUCCUGAUUUGUUUCUGGCCACUUAAUGAUUCCAGUAUUCUCUCUCUUUUGGUCUCCACCUUAAGAGACCACCACACUCUUGAGAAACAGUGUUAGGUCUUUGGCUUGCUAGAUGUUUGACUACAUGAACCAGCCACUUUGUAACUUGGUCCUUUGAUGCAGGCAGUUAGAGUACAAUGGGCUAAUCUUUCUGUGAUGAUUGUACGACCAAAACAAUGAGCCAGAAGAAGCUAAAACGCUCUUUAGCCCUGCAGAGCUGGGUGUUAAAUCUAUUUGAUUUCCAUUUCCACAUUACAGCAUUUCCCAGUGUUUCAUUUGACUCCCUUUUAUUAUCAAAAACACUCAUUAAUGCAGGUUUAUACAUUUAAAUAACUUUUCACAAGCACAGCCAGUUUGCUGCCAGGCCUCCAUAAUGGUUCCAGCUGUGGUCACUACUGGAGAUUAAUGAUGCAGAUGCAAAACCUCCACUAAAAUCCUGCAGAACAAAGGUUAUGUAGCUCCUUCAUUUACAGUCUGCAAAUAUUUUAAUAAAUGUUAAUGUGAAGAUUGAAUUCAGAUGGAACCUCAAUCUCCAGAUUACAAACGAUAAUUUCCAUCCUGAAAAUACCUUCUGUACAGCACUUACUACUGAUUGCCAUUCAUGAGCUCUAUACCUGACUAAGUAAUGUGACUCCUUAAAGUGUGCACUAACUUGUUGGAAACUUUUUUUUUAAUUGUCACAGUGUUAAUAUAAACUUGCAUGCAACCACCCUCUGGCUUAUUCUAAUCACAAAAUGCAUCAUAUGAAUCUGAUAUCCGUCAUCAUAUCCAUCAGAGUUUCUUCGCAAGAGGUGGAAAACACUGAUGUGUGAAACUUGAUGUGCACUGUUAAAUAUUGGAACUAUUGCACUAAAUCUGUCACUACUUUGUAAGCAGAAUCAUCUAUAGUGAGACUAACUUUCACGCCUUCAGUUAUUUUAAAUGGUUGUUGCAUUUUUUUUUAAAAAUAGUGAAUCUCCUCCAUGAAACUCUUCAUAUGUGAACUGCAUUCAGGUUUUUUCUUUUUUUUGCAUUUUUUCCACAGUUAUGACAUCAAGACAAAGGAAGGAGUGAGUUUUGCAUGUAACCUUAGUUAUAAAGCAACUGGUAGUCACAUAGUGGACAUUGUUGUGCUAGCUCAGGGAAAAUACCAUUUAUUGUCUCUGAUAGAUGCUGUGGAUCAACAUGUACAACCACUUCCAGCAGAUUUCACUGUAAUGGUUUAAGGAUAUUUACCUGUCCUCUUGUGUGUUUUUGUCUGUACAUUUAACUGUAAGAUAUCGCACCAUAGUUGCUCAGUUUCUCUUUCUAUUAUGUAAGCUGUGUCCUUUAUAGUAAUGUUUUUGGUGUCAUGAAUGCAUCCCGUCUUAGCUGCUUUGCGAUACCCCCCCCCCCCCCCCCCCCCCCCCCCCCCCCCACCACCACCACCUGUGUCAGCUCCCGACCUUUCAUGUGUAGAUAUUUGCCAAAAUGCAUAUUUGCCAAACACUGCUCUGAGCUAAUCACAUAUACAGAAAAUGAAUGCAACUAAAUCUACAUAUCAGACUUGUCAUGCUGACUAUAGCCAUAUUCUUUUAAAACACUACAGACAGUUUACAUGUGAUGUAGAACUAUAAAGCACUGUCAUGUUGCACAAUACCAUUAGUCAUGUUAUCUUAGUCAUCUUACUGUAUUUACCUCUUCUUUAAAUCUUUGCUCACUUGCUACAUGUAUAUGUGAGGUAAUAUUUGUAAAAUUGCAGUGGUGUUUAUGCCAAUAACAACACACAGGUCUUAUUAAAUGAAAUAUGUAGCGUACACAGGUGAAGCGAGGUGUUAAUGGAUCAGGGAACAGAUUGGCUGUAAUGAUACAGGUAGAUGGAGCAUGGUGUCUGUGUUUUUAAAAUGACUCACAUAAUGAGGAGAGUCUCUCUCACAAGAGUAUUGUAUUUUUCUAACAUUUACUCUAAUGACCUGUAUUUGUACUCAGCACUAAAGAGUGUAAUUUACCAUUUAUUGCACAUAUUGUUACUCACUAUUACAGUAAUUCUCCUUCUAGAUGUUUUUUUUCCCAGAAGCCAAUAAUAACAGUGAUGUUCUUGUGUGACAGUCACCUUAGCAGUGCGAAUUGAGAAUUGUAUAUUACUAAUAUUAUUUGCUUUAUGUCAAAGAAGAAAGAAAAAAAUAAACUAUUUCAAUACUUAUAGUACAUCAGG